CUGCCUUUGAUUGCAAUCACCGACGGCUCCUUGCAGAAGGAUUUUAGGCUUGUCCACUUGGCAAUUGGUCUUUCACUUGGGGUGUUCUUGGUUAUAUUUCACCUUUCUUCAUCUGGCAUUGCUCUCUCCACCCUCAUUCCUCAUCCCGCUGCCAGAUUGAUCUGCUUCCAGUCAGUAUAUCGGAGUGGAAUAAACACACUAGCUAUCAGUCAUCAUGGAAGACCAGGACGUCUCCCAGUCCAUUAGCGCAGACGAGAUCGCCCUCUACGAUCGUCAAAUUCGCCUCUGGGGUGUGCAAGCCCAGGAAAAGAUUCGAUCUGCCAAUAUCCUCCUCAUCACCUUCAAAGCGUUGGCGAACGAAGUCGCAAAGAACCUGGUCCUGGCUGGCAUCGGCACCCUAACAAUCAUUGACCAUGAGACCGUCAAAGAGGAGGAUCUGGGAGCGCAGUUUUUCAUCAGUGAGGAGAGCCUUGGGCAAAAUCGCGCUCAAGCAGCAGAGCCCUCUGUCCACGCCAUGAACCCGCGGGUAAAACUCCACAUCGACACGGAGGACGUGCGCGCGAAACAACCGGAAUUCUUCUCACAAUUCGACGUGAUCAUCGCAACGGAACUCGACUUUGCGACCUACACGACCAUAAACGCCGCCUGUCGCAUCGCCCAGCGUCCCUUCUACGCAGCGGGGCUGCACGGCUUCUACGGCUUCAUCUUCGCCGAUCUCAUCUCGCACGACUUUGUCAUCGAACGAGCCAAAUCCAACGUCGUAUCAGCCACGCGCGAAACCCCCACACGGAGCAUCGUCAACGUGACGACCAAAAAGGAAAAUGACAAGGUCAUCGAAAUGGUCACCAAGCGCGAGACCUACUCCCCGCUCCUCCUCGCCAACACCUCCCCCCUCCCGGAAGACUUCACCCGUCUCCCCCGCCGCCGACGACAAGUAACGCCACUCCUCACCUGCCUGCGCGCCCUCUGGGAAUUCCAAAAGCUCUCCGGCGGCGCCCUCCCGACCUUCAACGCGCAGGAUCUCGAAACCUUCACCAAGCUCGCCCGUGACGCGCACCACGAGCUCCAACUCGACAUCGCCACGCUCGACUCCGCCUUCCUGCGCACCUUCCUCCAAAACCUCGGCAGCGAGCUCAGCUCCGUCGCGACCUUCAUCGGCGGCAAACUCGCCCAAGACGUCAUCAACGUGCUCAGCGCCCGCGAACAACCCAUCCAGAACCUCCUCCUCUUCGACGGCGACAAGACCGUCUCUCCCAUCUACCCGCUCCAUCCUUUCUUCCCAUCCAGCAUGCCCAACGACCUCGCUGCCGUGCCACCCGCCGCGAACGCAAUCUCCCUCGACGACCCUACCCCGCCAUCGACGACCACCGUACCCGUCACGCUCCCCAUACACGAGAAUGCCGAAAACACGAACAACCAAACUGGGAAUGGAAACGGACAGGAGAAUACCAUGUGAGGGACGGCAGAAAACAGAACUAGGAAACUAGGGGCAGGAAAGAUAUUCACGAAGUGUACGAUAGAUAGAUAGACAUGAAUCACAGGAUUGGGAUACCUUUCGAC